CGUUAGAAACCACAACAAACAUGGCGCCUGGAAGCAGCUGACGCCAUAGAAACGUUAGACAUCACCGAAAGCUGUUUUAAUUAGGACUUUUUAUUACUUCAGAGUAGAUUGUACUUUGUUAGUCCACGAUUAAAGAUGGACUCCUCUCCGUUUCCAGAGGAGGUUUUGGAGAGAAAAGUGUCGGUCGUCGGUUCGGAGCUGGUGGAAAACUACACUGUCUACAUCAUCGAUGUGACGGACGGGCAACACAGAUGGACGGUGAAGCACCGCUACAGCGACUUCCACGAUCUCCAUGAGAAGCUGACCGCAGAGAACAAGGUCGACCGGCGCUUGCUUCCUCCUAAGAAGAUGUUGGGAAAGAACUCGAAGAGUCUGGUGGAGCGGCGGCAGAAGGAGCUGGAGCUCUACCUACAGACGCUGCUGCAGCAAUUCCCGCAAUCCACACCCACUCCUCUCGCUUCCUUCCUGCACUUCCACCUUUAUGAGAUCAAUGGCAUCACAGCAGCACUGGCCGAGGAGUUGUUCCAUAAAGGUGAGCAGCUGCUGCAAGCUGGCGGGGUGUUUUCUCUCCGUCCUCUACAGCUCUACUCGCUGUCCCAGCAGCUCCGGCUAGCCAAACCAACCUGCUGCAACGGAGACGCCAAGACAGACCUGGGACACAUCCUGGACUUCACCUGCAGGCUGCGAUAUCUCAAGAUUUCUGGUUCCAUAGGUCCAGUAGGAACCAGUAACAUCCAGGAGAGCUGUCUUCCCUUUGAUCUGUCUGUUUUCAAAUCUCUGCUGCAAAUAGAGAUCAGCGAGUGCAGCUCUCAACAGAUUCGAGGUAUGCCGUCUCUGAGGUCGAGUCUAGCAACGAUGAGCGUCCACCGCUCCACAGAAACUAUGAUGUCGAUCCUGGUCCCGGAGGCGGGCGAGUUCUCCCAGUGGGAAUCUGAAGGGGCGGAGUCUGGGUGUCCCGUCACCGCUGUCAUCCCCGUGUGGAAAAACCUGACCACGCUGGACAUGAGUCACAACUGCAUCAGCACCAUCGACAACUCAGUGAAACUCAUUCCUAAGGUGGAGUUUCUGGAUCUGAGCUACAACCAGCUGUCCUCCGUGGAAAACCUUCAGCAUCUGUACAAUCUGAUCCACGUGGACCUGUCCUACAACAGCCUUCGGGUCCUGGAAGCCGCUCACACUCGUUUGGGGAACAUCAAGACGUUGAGCCUGGCUGGUAACCAGCUGGACCAGCUGACUGGCCUCACCAAGCUCUACUCUCUGGUCAACCUGGACCUCAGCCACAACCAGCUGGCCCAGUUGGAGGAAAUCAGGAAUAUCGGCUCUCUGCCAUGUUUGGAGAAGCUCAACCUAUCUAGUAACCCCAUGUGCAUCAUCCCAGACUACAGAACCAAAGUCCUGGCCCAGUUUGGAGACCGUGCAUCAGAGGUUUGUCUGGACUGCAAAGUGACGACAGAGAAGGAGCUGGACACAGUGGAAGUGUUAAAAGCCAUUCAGAAAGCCAAAGAAGUCAAAGACAGGAUGAGCAGCAGCGACAAGAAGAUCAGUGAGGAGACCAAGCUGUCUGCUUCUGCCCCUCCCCCCGCCCUCUCCUCCUCCCCUCCCACCUCCUCUUCCUCCUGCUGCUCCUCUGCUGUUGCUCCUCCCGCAGUUACGCCCUCCUCCUCCUCCUCCUCCUCCUCUUCCUCCUCUUUCUCCUGCCCAGCCCAGCAGACUGCCUGCCCAAGCCAAGAGGUGACGAGCAGAGAGGAAACCCCAGCUCCCCCCGCUCUUCUCUCCCCUGUGGAUGCCCCACCUCCCCCUGCAAGCUUUAACACCAACACACACCAGCUUUCAGACGACUCUGCCCAGAUGCAGCAAACGCUUGUCAGUCUGUCCGAACACACGCAGUGUGGAGCUCUCACAAGUGUUACCUCUACCACUACCACCACUACUGCUACUGCUACUACAACUACAGUCUGUUGCGUCUGCUCCUCUCCCUCCUCCAGACCAGCUGAAAGCUGUUGCUCCUCCUGCAGCGCCACCUGGUGUCCUCUACUUCCUACCCACCUGCUCUCCUUGUCCUCCUCCAACAAAGACUUCAUGGCUCAGCUCUCCCAGCGCCUCGGCUCCACCCUGAGGGAGCAGAGGAUGAACAGCAAGAAGGAAGAGGAGGAGCAGGAGGGCGAGAAGGAGGAUGAGAACAGGCCUGAAUCCCGAGAGGUUCAGUCUCCUCCGGAGGGCACCGACGUGGGCAGUCUGAGUCCGGGGUCCGGAGACGGCUACUUUGAGAUGGGCCUGGAUGACUCUGUGGAGGAGUCGCUCUGCUCCUCCUCCUCCACGUCGCUCCCUGCUCCUGUUGCAGAGGAGCCUGGUAGCCGUCAGAGGGAGCUGUGUGAAGAAGACGAGGAGAAGGAGGAGGAGGAGGAGGAGGAAGAGGUGGAGACACAGGUCAGCAGCGUUCUGUGGUGUUACUGUGUUCAAGUGGAGGAGGAGGUGAAGCGGAGGGAGGCGUGUCUGGUGCUGACCGGCCGACUGUUGGGUCUGCUGUACCUGCCGCGUGAAUUCACCAGGACCACGCAAGAUAGAGACUGGACCAUGGAGGAGGUGCUGUCCGGUCUGCAGGUGGACCUCCUGCUGCCGUACUCCCAGCUCCAGCUCUCCUCCCAGGCUGAGCUCCCUGACUCCUGCCUCGCCCUCGGCCUCCGAGCCGGUCCGACCCGCUGGUACAUCUUCUCCGAGGCCGAGCGUCUCCGUCAGACCAGAGCCAAGCUGACGGUGCUGCUCCAGGAGUCUCACACUGAUCCAGAGCCCCCCAGCACUCCUCAGCUCCUCCCCCGCUCACUCAUAAGCUCAUGGGAGUUGGAGGAGAGUCAAAAUGCCCAGGGAGGUUACGUUGCCCACCUCCUUCCUUCCUCCUCGUCCUUCUCCUCUGCCUCCGACGCUCACCCCCUCCUCGGGGACGUCUUACCUGAGGAGCCCAGCCUUCCCUCGCUCCUCUUCCUCACCGACCGACAUCUCUGGGUGCUGAGGAUGGACUUCAGAGAGCUGGCAGACAGAGAGAGGAGCAACGCUGGCCUUCAUCCCUCCUCCUCCUCCUCCUCAUCUUCCUCCUCUUGGUGCAGGGUAGUUCGCGUGCCCCUUGGCUCUGUGGUGCUUUACCCGAGAGAGAGAGACCUCCAGGUCGGGGACAGCACCAGCCACACGUCCUGCCUCCACCCAGAACAUGGCCACAGGAGGAGCCACUGUGUGGAGCUGCUGCUGGGCGAUCAGAGGCUACUGCUGCUCUUCCCUCUGGCCACGGACAGGAACUCUUUCCUGGGGGAGCUGAGCCAACGGAGAACCUCUCUGGAGGGGUUAAAGGUGGUGGCUCUGCCCAGGCACCGUCCACACGAGGGACAACUCGCACAAGGCUGCUGCAAAUCCAGAGAUCAGUGCUGCUGUUCCAGUACCAAGAAGUCUCACACCUCCAGCAGCUGGGACUCCUCUCGUCUUCAGGUGGACGAGAACCAACCGUCACCCCACCUCAUCCCAGGUCUCUCCCCAGGACUGAAGCUCCUGGCUGGGCUCGAAGGACAACAGCUGCUGACCUACUUCCAUAGAUAUAUAGCACAGUCCCACGCGGAGGAGGUGAGGCAGGUCCUGUGGCUCUCUGUGGUUCUCUACAAAUCUCCCGAGGCUGAACUCACCUGUUGUCUCCUGCUUUCCACGGACACAAUCUACUUCCUGUUGGAAGACUCUGCCACCGCGCUGGGUCAUCACUCUGUGUUGGACAUAUCAGACCCUGGAGAUCCAGACACAUGUCUGUGCUGCUGUUUGUCCAUCAGACUGUCUGAGCUUCUGGCCGUCAACGUGGGACUGUUUGACCAGUACUUCAGAGUCGUAGGUCAGUCUGCGGAUCACAUUGUGUGCUGUCUCAGCAGGGACAGUUAUGGGACAGGCGUCUUCCUGCAGGAGCUUAUGUCGGCUCUCAGUCUGCAGCAGCAGCUUCCUCCCCCGGAGCCUUCGGAUCAGGAUUUUUACUCCCAGUUCACAAACACAAGCACAGGUAAAAUGCAGAACUACGAGCUGGUCCACAGCAGCAAGGUGAAGUUUAUUUAUCCCAGCGAGGAGGAGAUGGGAGACCUGACCUUCAUCGUGGCAGAGAGGAAGACUCCGACCAGCGUAGCUUCCUCGUCCUCGCGCUCCUUUAACGUCCUUCUGUACCUGCUGGUGUUCCAGGUCCAGGUCCCCAGCGGUCUGCCCAGCCAAGGCUCAGCACACUCAGGUUCCUCCUCGUCAGUUUCUGGCUCUGCCCCGUCUCCUGUUCUGCAGCCCAGGACUCUGAUCCUCACCAGCACAGAUGUGUUCCUUCUGGACGAGGACUACGUCAGCUAUCCACUGCCCGACUUUGCCAAAGAACCUCCCUCCAGGGAGCGCUACCAGCUGCGUGAAGCUCGGAGGAUCCGGGAUCUGGACCGCGUCCUGCUGGGCUACCAGACCUACCCUCAGGCUCUGACUCUGGUGUUUGACGACCUGCCCGGCCCCGACCUGCUCUGCCACCUCACCAUGGACCACUUCGCCGCCGCCGGGGAGGAAGCCCUGCCCCGGGCGGGCGGGGCCGGCAGAGGCGCGGAGGGCGAGGUGCAGUGGUGCGUCUUCGUCCCGGGAGCCGACAGCAGAGAGAGGCUGAUCUCGCUGCUCGCUCGCCAGUGGGAGGCGCUUUGCAGCCGGGAGCUUCCCGUGGAGCUCACCGGGUGACGGGGGGCGGGAGGAGUCGUGGUGCGGUUGGGGUAGUUUACCCAUGGAAUGAGAUAAAAUAAGAUAAUCCUUUAAUUUAACCCACAGUGUUUUAUCGGCCUCAGUAUGCUUCAAACACAGAAGCUGGUUCAGCUCUUAGUCAAUCUCUUAUCUCCUGAGUGGGAUCUGAAAGUAGGAGAGAUCAAUAGAGAUGCUCGGAGGAACUAAUCCAUGCGACAAACUUGUCUACCUGUUCUCUAUGUUCCCUCUGAAGGCUGCGUGGAAAGCUUUCUAUUGAAGCCUCCUUCUGCUACAAGCUUUUCAGUAAUUAUCAAGUACAGAAAAAACUCCCAGUGUUAAAUUCUUUGUUUACAAAAAAAAAAACACAGCAGUUGUUUUUGUAGAGGAAAAUGCAACAAGCACUUUAUUUGAAGCAGAUUGAGGCCUUAAGCUUUUUUGUUUGGAAGCGAAAAAGAAAAAUGGAGGUUAACCGACUCGAUGGACACUUUACUGCCAUUGAAUUAAAGACGCUUUGAGCGUCCUGGGACCUCGUGCGGAGCUGAAGGCCGAGAGCUCUCGGAAUAAAUUCACCUUCCUGUAAAUCAAAAACACGUGCAGUACAUGGAGACUUUAUGGACAGACGAGGUGAUGUUACACAGCAGAGGGCACUGAACACAGUCCACAGGAGAUCAACGAGAACCAGUGAAAUAUUCUCUUCAAGGAAAAGUUGGUCAUUUCUGUUAAAUCAUCAGAGGAAGUUUGAAGAUUGAUCGGUUUCAUCUCCGUGCGUACAGACGAGGUUCCUGGAUGUGUUUAGCAUAACUUAGCACAAAUACUGGCCUAGCUCUGUCAUAAAACGAAGACAUCUCUAAUUCACUCUGAACUUAUUUGAUUCACUUUGUCGUUAUUUAUGUAAAGUUGCUUAAAAACCAAAAAAUGGCUUUUAUGUGUCUCCACUUCUGCAUGUGUUCAGUCUAGCACACAAACAAACACACACAGACAGAGCUGGUCAGCACAAUCUGCUCCCUCAACCUUUUAGUUCUUGCACAUUGUGACUGAUGAAGCAGUAUUACUGAACUGUAUAAUGAAGCUUUCUAUUAAUAUUAUAUUAAUAUAAUUGUUGCGUCGGGACAAAUGGAUGUUUUUCAUCCUGAUUUUCUACUAAACGUGAGGGCCCUGAUGUUAUCUCCAAAAUGAACUCUGAAACAUCACGUUAGGAAUUUCAUUGAGUGUUAAUUUUAUAUUUUCUUUGUGUUUGAUUUUAUUAUGUUUUUGUACAUCAUCAUUAUUAUUAUUGUUAUUACUGAAGUGUAAAGGCCAGUGUUGGAUGCUCGUCACCCUUUAACACUGUUCAUGUUGUUUGUUACAUGUUGCUUUCUUGUUAAAGGGAAAUGCCACUGAAAUAAUAAAUGAAAUGAAGUAACGUAUGAAACUGUGCAACAUCAUAACCAUUCCUAUUUUGUGGUUUGGUUCUUCAAAAAUCAGCAGCACUUAACCACAGGCUGCUCCCAUUUCAGCUGAUUAAGGGAUAAAGAAAAGCAGAAUUCACAGAUUGCAUACAGUAUACAGAAAAUAGUUGUUACUAGUAAAGCUGUGCCCAACUGAAUAUUUCUACUCUUUGCCAUGUAAUAAACUCAAAAAAAAAAAAAGUUGUAAUUCCUGUCUCAAACCUCUCUAUUGUG